AACUGCAAAAGUAUUAGCUCCAGCAUGUCAGAUUUUGUUUAUCAAGGUGAAGAUUUCGACGAAAAGGUUAGAAAGCAAGUCGAAUUCUAUUUUUCCGAUAGUAACUUGCAAACAGACAAGUUUUUAUGGAAGAUAUAUCAAGCCAAUGAAGGUUGGGUUGAAUUAAAGACCAUUUUAACCUUUGGUAGAAUGAGACAAUACCGUCCUGAAGAAAAAGUCAUUGCUGCCUUGAAGGAAUCUAGUCAAUUGGUUCUCUCUGAAUCUGGAGAUAUGAUCAAGAGAAAGGAACCAGUUAAGGAUCUUGAUGAAAUCAAAAACACCAGAAAGAAGAACACCAUUCACAUUGAAGGUUUUCCUAAGGAUGCUACACAAGAAGACUUGGAAUCUUGGUUCCAAGAAAAGAUUGUUGUUUCUUUACCAAAGGAACAAGGUAUUUCUUCCUUGCGUCGUAUCAAGAGUAGAGCCAAGAAGGAAUUCUUUGGUGUUGUUGACGUUGAAUUAAAGACCUUGGAAGAUGCCGAAUACUUGUUGAACGAAGUUGAAUUAGCCUAUCCUCAAGGUAUUGUCACUGCAACUGAAGAAGAAGACAAGAAGAACCUUUUAAAGAAGAUGUCAUUGUUAAGAUUCCAAGAAAUGAGAGAAAGUGCCAAACGUUUUGGUGUCAAUGAAGUUACCAAGAGACGUAACAGCUUCAAUGAUAACCAAAAGGGAAAGAAGUUUGGUAAGAACUUCAAAGGUAAGAGAGAACCAAGAGAAACCACCGAAGAAACCAAACUUGAAAAGGUUGUUGAAUCUGAACCAGCUGCUGAAGCUGAAAAGGUUGCAGAAAAGACUUCAGAAGAAGCUAUUGCCAAGGAAGAAUCCAAGCCUGCUGAACCAGAAGCUUAAGUGCAAUAAUUCAUGUUGUAAUGUUGGAGUGAUGCUACCAGUUGUCCAAGAUAUUUUGACCCACGAAAAGACUAAAGUUAUCAUUAAUUUUUAUGUACUUUUAUAAUUAUAAUCACCAUAUAUAUAUCGGCAUCUAAAUAGGCAAAGGUAAACAUUUGGGAUGAAAUCUG